AAAUAAAAAAGCACCAUCAUGAAAACACAUGCAAUUCCAAGUCACCAAAGAACAUACUCUUCUGUACGCAUUUGGAUACUUUCAAGCAUAAAUAGCUGGAGGUGUGAAAAUUGUAACAGUUAGCUAAACAACUGAAAUGAGAAUGGAAUACACUUCAAACUCUCUACUUCUACUUCUAGCGUUUCUGCUAUUUGCAUCAGCAGGUGCUGACAAUAGUCCUGAUAGUCUAUGUAAAUCUUUGGUGGAGACAAAAGGCUAUGUUUGUGAAGAACAUAAAGUGACAACAAAAGAUGGUUAUAUUCUUGGCGUGCAGAGGAUUCCGGUGGGGAGGACUAAUAAGACGACAGCAAAUAGGCCACCAAUUUUGUUACAACAUGGGCUUUGGGUGGAUGCUGCAACAUGGCUGCUCAAUUCUCCAAAUAAAUCUUUGGCAUUCAUCUUAGCAGAUAAUGGGUUUGAUGUGUGGCUUGGCAACAAUCGAGGGACAAUAUCUAGCCGUGGACAUACUUCACUUAGUGCUAAUGAUCCGGCUUAUUGGGAUUGGACGUGGGAGCAAUUAGCCAGUGAUGAUCUUCCUGCUAUGUAUGACUAUAUACAUACUCAGACAAGACAGAAACUGUACUAUGUUGGGCAUUCCUUGGGAACUUUGCUUGCUUUUACUGCCUUUUCCCAAGAGAAGCUGGUGAACAUGACAAAAUCAGCUGCUUUGCUUGGCCCAAUUGCUUAUUUAGGUCAGUUGUCCUCGGUGUUUGGAAGGACUAUUACCACUACAGCUGAACAAGCGUACCGGUUGGGUGUCCGUGAAUUCCUUCCAGAAGGUCUGGUUGUUGGCAAACUUCUGGAAGGUGUCUGCGCCUUACGACUCAUUGAUUGCAACAACGUGUUAACCGCUAUCGGAGGCCCGAAUUGCUGCAUAAAGCCUUCAACAAUUGAUGUACUUUUUGAUCAUACAUUUCAGUCAUCGUCGACAAAGAACAUUGUCCAUUUGUCUCAGAUGAUCAGAGCUGGAAACAUAGCAAAGUAUGACUACGGUGACGAAAGUGAGAAUAAGGCGCACUACGGGCAGCCCACUCCUCCUCUGUACUAUAUGACACGCAUUCCGAAAGACAUUCCUCUUUUCCUUAGUUAUGGAGGGAAGGACACGCUUUCUGACGUAAAUGACGUGCAACUUUUGCUGGAAAACCUUAAAGAUCAUGAGAAGGACAAGCUUGUGGCACAAUACAUUGAUUACUAUGCUCAUUUUGAUUUCAUUAUGGCUGAGAAUGCGAACAGAGUAGUAUAUGAUCCUCUGCUGGCUUUCUUUAUGACCCCUUAAUUGUCAGAACUCUUUAGAGAUCCACCGCAGAUAAUUUAUUUUGGUAUGGCCAAAAGUUCUCAUUUUAGUUGUAGUGGAUCUAACAUUUGAUUUCAGAAGUCUGUGCUUGUUUUUUUGGCCAAAGGUUGAAGAUGAGCUGACUAAACGACAUUAGUCCAGCCCCCGUAUAUUUGCUACCACAUGCCAUUCUUACUAUUCAGACUUAUUGAUUUGUCUCACGUACUAAGCUUGUGUAUUAGCAAUACAAGUGUCCUUCGUUGAUAGUAGCCAAUGGAGGUUUCAUGUUGAGUAGUGUUUACUUCACACACACUAUUGCAUGUAAAGUAUGCACACUCACUUUUUUGAAUUGAACUUGCAACUUGAAGUCACAAUUUCAA